GCCAAACAGGAUCCGUUUCACCUUUCGACAACCGUACCCGAGAAUGAAGCACAUCGUUUGCGUCGUGUGAUCCGUUCUGCGUGUACGCGUGUACAACGUCUCGGUUUUGUGAUUUUUGUUUUUGGAAGGUGGCCUUUACCACCUGCUGUCGUGUGUUGCAUCCCGUUGUGGAAAAGUAGUUCCAAUUGUGAUGAUGGUGUUGAGAUUUAGUGGCAGAGAGACGAUAGACGUGCCCGAAUGAAGGACAUCUGGGUUCAUCUUCUUUUCUGCGCAGCGUAAAGUGUGUUUACCGUAGCAUUGUGCAGGUGAAAUCAAAGUGAAAGCACAAGCAAAAUAACCGAAGAAGAAUGGUGUUGUGGUGCAUCUCAAUUGAUGCUCAGUGUGCGUUGCCUCACAGCCUACUGAACCAUGGCAACCACAGCCCAGAAUGGCAGUGUAUCUUUCGGGGUAUUGGAAGAAUUUCGCUAGCUCACUAGUGUCGUGGUGUUUAAAGUUGUGAAGCAAAGCUGCAAAAGAAUCGUAACAAGUGUCGUAAGGAUAUCAAUCACUCGUACAAGAAGUACGGAGAAAUUGUGUAAAGCAUAACUUAAUCGAAUCAAACCGACUACCCGGCUGUACGGCGGUACGGUCUCCUAUUUAUUUAAUUUAUUGCAACUAUUUAUGAAAACAUAACGUAGCCGUCAGGAGUCAGGAAGUGCUUGCUCUAGUAGCUUCUACUUCGUACCGAAUACGUACCGAGAACCGGAAAGAGUAAACAGCAAACCAGGAUGGCUACCGAACGUCGCACAGAUCCUGCCGGAAGUGCUCAAGCAGUUGCCCACUGGCAUUCAUUGUCGGGCAUUCGGUUACUGAUGCUACCGAUUGUCCUGGCAUGGUGCAGCACGUUUGUACACAGUGCCAUGGAGGAGAUGAUGAUAGCACCCAUAGAGGUAAUCGAGGAAUGGGGCUGCUAUGACACCGAAAUACGGCUCACGUGUGGGAAUCUUGAGUCGAAAAUAGCGAUCCUUGAGGCACGGUUCACACCACGGUGUAUGGAGCAGCGUACCGAGAACUGUGUCUACAUGGACGAGCACAGCAUUGCCCAUCCGUUCGCUUCGCAGAAGGUAGACAAACUGAUCCUGGAGGAAACGGAAGCCGGAAGGCGUUUCCUGGCCACACUGCGGCGCAACCACGAAAGAGAGCUGGAAGCAUCGGAUGGACCCGGGACGCGGGAACUGACCGCGGACGGGGUGCAUCGUCGAGAGGGUGGCACAAUUGUAGCCGCCCGCUCACUGGCCAAAGACAAGCGCAGCUCACUGCGGGCUACACUCGAGCAUCUGAUAGUGCGCUAUCUGCGCCGGCUAACGAGCGACGACGAUGCCGACGGUGACGAUGGGGACGAACCCGGUGGAUACGAGGUGGCAGCUCGCUACCGAAGACAAUCGCUUCCGGCGACUGACUCCGACAGUGUGAGCGUCACGGUGCCGGACGCGAGCACCGCUUCUAACCCACCGGCUACGGGAUUCUCCAACUCGAUGGAAAUUACACUGCUCACCAACGAUACGGACACGAACCUAACCGAAUCGUGGGAAGAUGAGCGCGAGCAGUGGGGCGAGGACCGUGUGACCAGCAGCCAGCAGCUACCGGACAGCUCUCUGACAGCUGGGACCGGUGAUGUGGAGCCGCGAGCGUUCGCUUCGGAUGCUGCAGCAGGAUAUGGAUCUUCCGGUCCGCUCGUUGCUGGGUUGGUGGGCACACGGGAAGUGACGGGUGAUGCGAGUGUAACGAGUGCGGUCCAGGGCACCAGUGAUGAUCGUGGUGAUAGUGCUACCGGUGCUAAUGGGGAUAGUGUGUUGCGCGAUAAUGGCGAUGAGGUGGAAUAUAAUCUUCCGAUCGGUAGUGCGCCAUCCGAGGCGAAAGAAACCGAUGGGCGGAUGGGUGAGUUAAGGCAGCAGAGAAAACAACAGAAGCCAAAAACGCCGGAACGGCACGGUGAGUGUGACAGUGUGCGGAAGCGGGUAUCGCAGCUGGAUCGUUUCGAGCUGGAGCGGUCGAUGCGAAAUGGCUCCUUCCGGGAGUACAACAUCCGGAAUGCACUCAACUACCGGUGUUCCGGGAAGAACCACUGCAGCUUCAUCUUCUCACAGGAUCACCCGUUCGCGGUCGUCUGGAAGGCAGGCACGGUGCGCAUCAAGUACAUCUGCAUGGACGACUUCCGUAUCAGUAAGUACUGCGGUGAGCAUCUGAUCGUUGGCAAUGAGGUCCACUGGGAACCGCUGGACGGUGACAGCGACGAGGACUCGACCGAUGGUACCGACGAAAGCUACCAUCCUUCAUACGGUACCGGCACGGAGACAGCCGGAAGUUCGGGAACCUCCUGGCGGCAACAAACACCGAACGAACCAACGACCGAUGGUAUCGCUAAUGGAUCCGCUAAUGAUGUGCCCGCCUCGGACGAACAACCUUCCGCACGGGAUCCGAACGAUGGUGGCGAAGAUUUGCUCGACGAAUCUUUGGUGACGCUUCAAGAACGCCAUUAUGCUGCUGGUUCCCCUUAUCACCGUUUGGCACGGGCGGGUGUGGGAGAACCACGAGCCGAAGCGCUACAGGCAGCCACAGUUCAUUCGUUUCACAAUUUGAAAAUUCUCAAACCCAUCGACGAUGAUGAAGAGGCAAUGCUUGAGCAGCACCAGCAACAAAAGCAUCCACAGCAGCACCAUCAGCAGCAGCAACAGCAGCACAACGAUACGGACAUGGAUCGCAAUCAGCAGGAGGCCGAUGCGGUAACCCGCAGCCGGAACCGCCAACGGCAGAAAGUUUUCUCCCAGGAUUUUCGUGUGCUGAAAAUUCUACCCUCCAAUCUAGACGUGGUGGAGGAUAUCAAGCAGAUUGGCAAUGAGUACUACUUCAAGAAGGACAUCGAGGUCGUGGUAGAUGAUAGAGAAAAUGAAAUCGUCGAUAGCGCAGGCGGAAGAGCGGAUGGUGAUAAGGGUCAACCGGUAGUGAACUCAACGACAACCGGUGACGGUGACACCACCGGCAGUAAUAUGACGGAGACGUUAGACAUUGUCGUGUUGCCUGCACCAACGAAGGACAUCGAAAUUUACGACAACGAGCUCAUACCAGAUGAAGCAGCUAGUUCACGGCCGGAUGAUGAUAUCAGUGUAAUUGGUUUGAUAACGCCAACGCGAGCCGCGAUCACUUCAUCCAUGGCAACUGCAUCCGGCGAGGGUUUGAGAAUUUCCGUUAGCGGCAGUACACCUUUACCGCCUACCGGUGCGGUAAGCGUCGAUACAACUCUCGGACACUGGGAUGUGGAUCGGUUGGAUCUCCCCGAACCGGCAGAAGACACUGUACAGUUAUCAGGAGAGAACAGGACCGGCUUUACAGUGGACGAAAGUACACCACCGUUCAGCUUCAACAAUCGUACAUUCCAGACAAUGCAGGAAACGGUGCGAAAAGAGUUCGAUGAAAGCCAGGGUCCCUAUCCACCGCUCGGUGGAUAUGAUGACGGCGAGGAGGAUGAUUUCGAGGAUGAAGAUGAUGCCGAUGAGGAUGAUCGGGGCGAGCAGCAGCAGUAUGGUGGGGGCGGAAAACGCAGAUUCGGCCCGAAUGGGCGGUUCGACAAGUCACACAAAAAGCACAUGAGCGUGCAGCGGACAUUACUGAAGCAUCCUCUCCGGCAAGGGUUUCUCAUGACGCCCAGCUAUCCCAAGUACUACAUCGGAGAUAGUACCUGCCGGUGGACACUGUAUGCUGGAGUGCAUCAAAGGAUUAAGCUUACCGUGCUGGACCUAGCGUUACGCUAUGACGACGAGUGUCGAGAUUAUCUGCAAGUGGUCGAUCUCAACACGAACCAGACGCUGUUUCACAGCUGCACCGAAAGCAGCCGUCCGAUCGAGAUCGUCAGCAUACAGGAACGGCUUGAGGUUUCCGUGCGGACGACAACCAAAGUCAUCUAUCCGAAACGCGGUGUCCUGGUACAUUAUACAGCAUUAGGCUGCGAAUUACCGUCACCAACGCCCGGGCACAUGCGGCUUGUGCGAAGAACUGAACAUCGCGUAAAAUACGUCUGUGAUCCAUUGCACGUGUUUCCCGAUACUGGCGAAAGUGUUCGAGAGCUAAUCUGCACAGCAAAGCACACCUGGAAUCGACCACUUCCGGCCUGCAUAGAAAAAAGAGCUACCGAAGGAAGCGGUCUUGUGUCGCAUUACGAACAGAAGCGAAGAUACGGCGAUAGUGACAACAUGUCGGAUAAGCAGGCGGACACUGUUUACGAUAUUCUCAUUCCCUCGCUCAUCAUAGCGGGCCUAUUUGUUGUUAAUGGCAUCGUGUUUGCGGUCAUUAUGCGGUACCGCAACAAAAGAAAGCAACGCCUUGAUCUAGAGAGUAAGGAACUGGCCGAACUGUAAAAGUGUUAACUCGCCUCCUGUGCUCCCCCAACAUCACCUCCUCCAAAACAACAUCACAUCCUUUCUUAUAAGUUGGGCAGCCGGAACAUAUUCAACCGGGAAGGAUGUUUAUGCAUGGAUGUUGCUUUGUUCCGCAUGCGGGCGUGUGUGUGUGUUUGUGUGCGUGCAGUGUAAACUACAGACACAGCGCCUACUCGAUGCACUACUAAUCAUCACAUUUAAUCUUUCCACACCAUCGUCACGCCAUCUAUGAGAUUUCGUUUUCAUCGUUUUCGGUUAGGGGCAAGAACACACAGGAAACUGUUUCUGUCCAUUAUGUUAUUACGUUUCGUUUUACGUGUUAGUGCGUAUGGAAAAGAAAUCUAAAGUGUAUAAUGUGUUUAUUUGUUACACCCUGUUCAGCACGGGAGUGAAACCGUACCUAAGCAGUCGUACCGGACUUGUAACUCGUGAAACACAGGACAGGGCGAAUAGGUUGUUCCGAUACGGUGCUGAACACAACGACACUAGCAGAUGGUGGAAUUGUUAAUGAUGCGAGAAAUGGAAAUCAAUUACGGCUUUAGCGUAUGAGGCGGCAUUAACAUUCGAUGGUUGAUGUUUACAAAUGCAAGCUCGUCUCAAACUUGCAUAAAAAUACAACAAAAGACACAAUCACAGAUCAAUCGAACAAUAGAAACAUUCGCGCCAAAAGAACAAAAACAAAACCAUGAUUGCCAUGUAGAGAUAUGGCACCGUUUAACAAUUGUGCACUAAACAAAAAAUAAACCUUUUUCUGCACGCUUUUACAAGCUUUUUUCCGAGACUGUUUAUACUCAUGUUGUAGAGCGUGAAUCGCAAAGCCGCAAAGAAAUUCAACAACGCGCGGAAAAGAUGCACAAUUCAGAACAUAACUGUACAGAAUUAUUGAAAAGUGAGCUGGUGUGAGAUGGAGAACAAACAAAGAAUUAGCUUAAAAAGGGGAUUAGCGUUUGUGCAGUGCAGCACAACAAAACCGAAAAGAGACGAAGCUAACCGAUGCAAGACUGUAAAUGGAUGUGGAUUUGUCAGUAGAAGAAGGAAGUGUGAGAAAAUUUAGCCUGUAUGUCGCUUUUUUGCUGACACAUAGCGCGGAACGAGAAUUACUUGGCCACUGCUCGGAAUAUAACACGGAAGGAUAUAUGGAAACAGGUUGCUAUUGCUUAAGAAGGUCUACCCUGAUGACCAAACGAAAGGCUCUUACUUCCACAUACACAUCCACACGUAAGCAUGAACACAAUUUUCGUGGAGACGCGGACAGGCGAUGAACGAAAUCCCCGAAUCUCAAUUAAAUUCAAACCACAGUCUCUACCGGAGAACAGAUUGUACAUUUAGACACAAACUGGAACCACCGCUAGUAAUGGCUCUCAAUGGGGGAUGCGUCACAUGUAUGGCACCCCUCCGAGCAAGGCGACAAACAAUUGCUAUGCCAAAGAUUAGAUUAAACAACACACGUUACACCAGCGACAGAGGAACAGAGAAUGGAAUAUGAAAACACUCGUUGUAACACAAGUUUGCCAGGAGCAGAGCACAUUAUUUUGAUCUAUCUCACCAAACAAAACGAGUAAACACUAAAUUGACAUGGUGGACCAAAACUCCUCCCCACACACCCACCCACAUACAUAUAUAGGACACUAUUGUACGCGGUUAUGUUGUAUUGCUUAUCCCCCCACCCCCCGUUUAGGAGCUUCUUCGGACUUUUUUGUUUUCCGGCCUGGUAGCACUCUCAUUUCAGCACUUUCCUAGUUAGCCAAUCCGAAAAGAGCACUCUCAGGGGGAAAACCGGCGAAACAAAACAAUUGCAAUGCAUAUCAUAUGAUUCUUCUGCUUGUAUGCGACACACGAUGUGAUAGGUGAGACAAGAGGACACGAAGCUCACAGACGUAGAAAGCGACGUAAAACAAAAAAGUAAAAAAAAAAUAAACACAUAUUUUGCUAUACACUGCAUUUAUCUUUCCUUCCCCGCCGUCGUACACCGCAGAUCGAACCGAGUGACCGGAUACUGGCCAAAAAUGUAAUUCGUUAGUCCCCGGUCCGGAUCUGUACAAUGCUAGGUCCGAGAUGUAAUAUUAUAAACAUAAGCUAUGGAAAUUGAUGCAAACACAUACACACAAACACAUCCUGAUAAACCCACGUGGCCGACUAGUUGGACUUAUUAAUCGCGUUUAAACUUUUGCUUCCAAGCGCAACAGGGAAUGAUGGAACAGUGAAAGAUAGGUUAUGAAAACAACAGCAAAACAAAACAGAAAGUUGCCCACUGGUCCACAAAUCAAUUACGACAGCAUAACGCGAAGAAGAACAAAGAAUACAAAUCCAACAUAUAAAACCAUACAUCCUUAGGGAAUGAAGGAGUGUGCCAUCCGUUGAAUCUGUGAAUGAGGUCUGUAAAAAUAAAAGGGAAAAAGAGCAAGAACUGCUAAAUAAAAUUAAACUAUUAAACGAAA